AUGGGGACGGGAUCGAGCAUCCUUGGCGCGGAUGCCGAUUGGGGUGAGACGUCUCUCGGCGACAUGCCGGAGAGCUGCGUGGCGGCGGUGCUGCUCAACCUUGACCCGCCGGAGAUCUGCCAGGUAGCCUGCCUCAACCGCGCCUUCCGGGGCGCCGCAUCCGCGGACUGCGUCUGGGCCGGCAAGCUGCCCGCUAACUACCGGUACCUUGCGGCCCUCGCAGCUGCCGCUGAUGAUGAGGGCGAUGGUGACGGAGACGGCAAUGUCAAGCCCUGCUCCCCUAUAUCGACUAAGAAGGGGAUUUACGCGCGCCUGUGCCGACCUACUCCAUUUGAUGGCGGUACAAAGGAAUUCUGGAUCGAGAAGAACAAGGGAGGCCUUUGUAUGUCCAUCUCCUCAAAAGCGAUGGCCAUCACAGGUAUAGAUGACCGAAGAUAUUGGAGCCACCUUGUCACAGAGGAAUCAAGAUUCCAUAGUGUUGCCUAUCUUCAGCAAAUUUGGUGGCUUGAAGUGGGUGGGGAGCUUGAUUUCUGCUUCCCUGCAGGUUCAUACAGCCUGUUUUUCCGUCUUCACCUGGGUCGAGCGCACAGACGCAUGGGUCGCCGGGUUUGUGGAACUGAGCUCAUUCAUGGGUGGGAUGCCAGACCCACGCGGUUCCAGCUCUCAACAUCGGACGAACAGCAGGCUACAUCGGAGUAUUAUCUAGAUGGACCGGGAAGCUGGAUUCUCUACCAUGUUGGUGAUUUUGUCAUCUCGAACUCGGAUGAGCUGACCAGCCUGAAGUAUUCAAUGAUGCAGAUUGACUGCACCCAUACUAAAGGUGGUUUGUGCGUUGAUUCGGUUGCCAUAUACCCGAAAGGGUAUCGGCGCGAGAACAUGAACAUGGUCUACAUGUGA